CUUUGAUGCUCUUCCACCCGGAAAUAAGCAGCAUUUUUAAAGAUGGCGGAGCAAGGGCCAAUGGCGAUAGCUAUGCGGCUAAGAAAUCAACUCCAGUCCGUAUAUAAGCUCGACCCUUUACGAAAUGAGGAAGUCAAGUUGAAGAUCAAAGACCUGAACGAGCACAUAGUGUGCUAUCUCUGUGCUGGGUACUUCAUCGAUGCCACAACUAUUACAGAGUGUCUGCAUACAUUCUGUAAAAGUUGUAUUGUGAAAUACCUCCAAACCAGCAAGUAUUGUCCAAUGUGCAACAUAAAGAUCCACGAAACACAGCCUUUAUUGAACCUGAAAUUGGAUAGAGUGAUGCAAGACAUUGUCUAUAAACUGGUUCCAGGACUUCAAGAAAGUGAGGACAAGCGAAUAAAAGAAUUCUAUCAGUCGCGUGGGCUUGAGAGAGUUGUCCAACCCUCUGGAGAAGACUCCAUACCAGAUGCUACAGGAUUACCUUUCACCACCUUUGACCAUUCCAAGGCCCACUUUUACAGAUACGACGAGCAGGUCUCGCUUUGUCUAGAGAGGCAAAGUUUAUCUCUGUCUGGAAAAAAAGAUAAGACCAAACUGACUCUUCAGCAGAAGUUUGUGCGCUGCUCGGUCCGAGCCGAGGUGAGACACCUGCGUAAAGUGCUGUGUCAUCGACUGAAUGUGGAGAAGCACCAGGUCCAGAUGUUUUUCAAUAAUGAGUUCCUUCCAGAUCACAUGACCAUGAAACGGCUGUGGCUCUCUCACUGGUUUGGCAAGGCUCAACCGUUGGUCCUUCACUACACGAUCAAGGACAAAAGGACAAGAUAGGAUUUUUUCCCCCCUUUCUAAUGACCUCAGCAGCUGUAUAUAUUUUGUUUAAUAUAUAGUAUAUUUUAAUAGUGUUUGUGUACAUAUGCGUAUUUUCCUCUUUGUAUUCAAAAAUAAAUAGUGGACAAAU